AGAGCGUUGGCGACAACCCUAAAGGCAACGGCGGACAGUGGCCAAUUUGUUCCUUGGCACCAUGGUCACACUGAAAAAAAAAGCCAAACGGAGUGAAGUCGCAACGGACCGCGCGCGUCCAGGCGAGCAAAAAAAACAAAAAAAAAAAACAACAGAAAGUAAAACAGUAGCGGCGGGCAAUUAAAUAAAACGCCGCCAAAACACACAGCAAAAUAAAAAUUCUUAUCUAAAAAAAAUAAAUAUAAAUACGGCAAGUGGCCCCUCCCGUCUCCCCCUCCUCCAUCUAAGCGUGUGUGUGUGUGAGAGCGUUGGUGUAUCUGUGUAUCUGUGCGCGAGUUUUUGUGAGUUUGUGUGAAAAUGCAUUAAUUACACCAACACCGCAAUAACAACAACAACAACAACGCCAACAAAAGUAAUACAAAUCAAAUACAAUAAAAAAAAUAAAAAAAUUUACAAACAAAAACAAAGGCAAUCGCAAAAGCAAAUGGAAAUCGAGCAAAGCAGCAAAGCCAACAAAUAAAUAAUAAAAAUUAAAUUUUUUUAUUGUUUUUCAAUUAAUUUUUGUGUGAUGCCUUUUCUGUCGAAUGAAAUUCGCAGGGAAACCGCAGCAACAAAAAUUCAAAUUCAAAACCAAAAUCAUCUCAAGGUCCCCCCCACCAGCUCCCAAAUUAAAUUCAAAUAAAAAUACAAACAAAAUAAAAAGAAAUCUUAAAUCGAAAAAGUAAUCGGUUAAAUUUGGACUCGGUAUCGGGUAUAUUGUAUUUUGUCGGUUCGGUCGGUUAGAAAGCGAACACCAAAAAAAAUAUUUAAAAAACCAAAAAAGAGCCAGAACUUAAACGGGCGCGUUGCUGCCUUUUUUGGAGGUUUUCGAAAAAAAAAAAUAAAAUAAAAAAUUAGCAACUACCAAAAGCUAAAAGGCUACAUCCAGUCUCCAGUAAAAUGCGCAAAUUUCGAAUACAGUCCAAAACGGGUUUAUAACUUACAACAAAUACAACAAAAAAAAGCUGCAAAAAAUAAAAGGAUCCCCGAUGAUCGGCCAAGGAAAUCCACUCCAAUGGUUCAUCAACGCAAAUGCCACAUUACUAAAAAAAAAAAAAUAAAAAAAAAGUGUAUGUGCGAGUGAGAAGAAAUUAAAAAAAAAAUUUUAAAAAGUGUUAAAAAGCCAAGAAGCCCCCAAAGAAGAAGAAGAAAAAGCUUCAAAGUCUAAUCGUAAUACCCAUUUUCUAUCCAAAAAUUCCCUAUUUAGUGCUACCAUGUGCGAGUGAAGAAGAAGCAAAAGCCAUCAAAUAAUUGAUUUAAAAAAAAAAAAUUAUUACAAAAAAAUAAUUAAUAAAUCUUAAAACAAACUAAAAACAAAAUUAAGAGAGAAAAAUAUAAAAAAUAAAGAGUGUAUAAUGUUUAAUGGGAAGGAGGGCGCCCAUUUAAAAUAAUGCCGCCCCUCCCCCUCUACGGUCUGUGUGGCAUGCAACAAAGCAAUGCUCCACCCAAUUAGAAGAAGAAGAAGAUUCUGCUGUGAGUGUUCCGUUCUCGAAAAAUGGUACGCGACACUAGCCGCAACAUUUGUUUUGGAAAAUUAACCGAAACUUCAGUGCCCUCUCAUCAAAACCAUCUUCAACAUCAGCAGCAGCAGCAUCAGCAGCAUCUGCAUCUGCAGCAGCAUCAGCAACUGCAACAACAACAACAUCUGCAACAGUAUCAGAUCAACAGCAGCACUAAUAACAAUAACAACAUUAUAAACAACAAUAAUAAUAAUAAUCAGAUAUUGAAAAGGUCUACAGAGGAACCACCGACAAACAGCUACGAAAGGAACUACUACGACCGCACCAACAGCCGCUUAGUCAGUCAAUAUCAGUCGAACGCCUCCAUACCCCACUCCCACGCCAACGCCCACGCCCACGCCCACACAAACUCCAAUACAAAUACAAAUUCCAACGCCGCCAGUCCAGGAGGAUCCACUGAGAGAUCACGUAAUCGAGAUCGCCUGUACAGGAAUGGUUCUGCCAGUGGUCACAGCAGCAAUAGCAUCAUCAACAACAGCAACACGACGACGACGACGACGACGACAGCAGCAUCAGCAGCAGCGGCAGCAGGAGCUGGUGGUGUAGUUGGUGGCGGUGGUGGUGGUAUAGGAGGCGGGGGCGGUUUGGGGGCACCGCAAGCGCUAGGCGACCGGAGCAGUAGCCACAAUAUCCACCAGAAUCAGCAGACGGCACGGGUGGCACCACCACAGUCAUGGUACGAAGCCGCCGCUGCUGCAACGACGGCCCAAUUGAAAAGUCCUGGUGGCAGUGGCAAUGCCGGCGCCUCAGCAGCCGGUGGCUUCCCAAUGAGCAGCUCACCGAUCAACCAGCAGCAGCAGCAGCAACAGCAGCAGCAUCAACAUCAUCCGCCUCCGCAACAGCAGCAGCAUCCGCAUCAGCAACCACCUCCGCAUCUACAGAAUCCUCAACACCACCCGCACUACAGCAGCAACAGCAGCAGUCCAAGCGGUGGGAUAGCAGGAGGAGGUGUAGGAGGAGGAGGAGGGACAACCUGCUCAUCACCCGCCCAAUCCCAAUCCGUACACCGGAGCGUUGCGUAUGCGGGCAGUGCUCCUGCGGAUGAUUCGCUGGCCACCGCCGCCUCGCGUAAGAUCCUCCUGCACAACAGUAAACACAAUAAGCUGUUAAAAGGAGCAGCAGGAACGGGCACAGGCACAGGCACAGGCUUAGGAACAGGAACGAGUAGUGGAGGAGCACGCUCUGGUUCGGAAUCGCCAGGUGGAGCGAGCAACGUUCCAAUGACGACGACAAGUACAAUCACAAACAAUAGUUUUAGUAGUAAUAGUUUAAAUAAUACAAUAACCACGGCAACUCCAACCAUGCCCACGAUAGCAUCUGGAGCUAGUGGAGCGGCAGGAGUAGGAGCAGGAUCAGCAGCUGGAACUGGAGCGGGUGCGGGAGCAGGAGCAGCGCCAGGAGGAGCUAACCCGGCGUCAACCGGCAGUGGUGACAUUUUAAAUGUGGCCGCUACCUUGGCGGCGGCCGUGGACGGUAAUGGUAUGCCGACGCAUCCGGUCCGGACGCGACAUCACCUGCACGGACGCAGCACCACCUCCUCCAGUCGCUCGCACUCGAGAUCGCCGAGCAGUUACAGCAGCUCGCACAGCUCCUCGUCGGCCUCCUCCCACUCCUCGUCCCACUCGCACGCGUCCAGUCCCGUCCAGUCCACGGGCAAUUGUGCGAUGGCGACGACAUCGUCGGACGGUCGAAGCGGUCGCAACCUUCAGUCAGUGGCCGUGACCAGCAACUCUUCAAAUCCCAGUGGCAGUGCUGGUGUCGCCAGCAAUGCAGUCAGUGGCGGCGGCAGCGGCGGGGGCUGCGGCUCGAGUUCAUCCUCCUCGAGCAGCUCCAGCUCGAGCAUAUCCUGCCUGACAGCCAAUCCUGUGGUGCAUUCCGAGGACAACCGGCCACUGGCGAUACGAGUCCGCAACCUGCCCGCCCGUUCCUCAGACACAUCCCUCAAGGAUGGUCUCUUCCAUGAGUACAAAAAGCACGGCAAGGUCACGUGGGUCAAAGUGGUUGGACAGAAUUCGGAGCGCUAUGCUCUGGUCUGCUUCAAGAAGCCCGAUGAUGUGGAGAAGGCACUGGAAGUGUCGCACGACAAACACUUCUUUGGCUGCAAGAUCGAGGUGGAACCCUACCAGGGCUAUGAUGUCGAGGAUAACGAGUUCCGGCCGUACGAAGCGGAGCUGGACGAAUACCAUCCGAAGUCAACGAGAACCCUGUUCAUUGGGAACCUCGAGAAGGACAUCACCGCCGGCGAACUGCGUGGGCACUUUGAGGGCUUCGGCGAGAUCAUCGAGAUCGACAUCAAGAAGCAGGGCCUGAACGCAUACGCCUUCUGUCAGUAUUCGGACAUUGUCUCCGUGGUGAAGGCAAUGCGCAAAAUGGACGGCGAGCACCUGGGCAGCAACCGGAUCAAGCUGGGCUUCGGCAAGUCCAUGCCCACCAACUGUGUGUGGAUCGAUGGUGUUGGCGAGAAGGUGUCCGAGUCGUUUCUUCAGUCCCAGUUCACGCGCUUCGGCACUGUCACCAAGGUCAGCAUUGAUCGGAACAGGCAGCUGGCGCUGGUCCUCUACGACCAGGUACAGAAUGCCCAGGCCGCUGUCAAGGAUAUGCGGGGCACGAUUAUGCGCGGCAGGAAGUUGCAGGUGGACUUUGCAUCCCGGGAGUGCCAGGAUGCCUUCUACGACAAGCAAGAGAAGCAGGCGCAACAGCAGCAGGGUGCUGGUUCCUCGUCGCGCUUCAAUCGCUACGAACCGACCUCCUCCACGUCGCAGUCGCGCUCGCGGGCCUCUUCCUUCAGCCGGCAUCAGACUAACUCCAACGACGGCAGCUCGCCGGGCAACACACCCGGAAGUGGUACAGCCGCCAGUGUCGGUGGGGCCAACAGCUCCAGCAGCAGUUCAACCAACCAAAGCACCAUCGGAUGUGGGAGUAGCACUUCCAGCAGCAGCACCAGCUCUGCCAGCAGUGCUAUGCCAGCUCCGAGCUUGAGUUCCGCCUCGUCGGUCGGAGCUACAACAGUGACGGGAACAGCGCUGCCACCCAUGGGUGGAUCAUCCGCCGCCAGUUCCCUGGCCAUGUCGCAGGCAGCCCUGGCGCAACGGAUGCGAAUGGCGAGAAAUACACGGCACACCGUCGACUUUGACUUCAACGAUGCUACCGGAGGUGGAGGGGGAGCUGGAGGCGGUAAUCGGCCCCGUAACUUUCGCAGCUUUGAAGAUCAGAACAAUAGCGCCGGUGGACAAGAUGAGGAGGCACGUUCCGAUUCUCCAAUAGUGUCCCGCCUGGGAGAUCCCCUCGAGGUCACGAUGAACAACAGUCAGUCGGGCGGAGGUGGAGGUGGAGGAGUCGCUGGAAGUACACUGGGCACCAACAGCAGUCGAAGGCGUUGCGGUAAGAUUGCCAAAGAUUUGCACCACGUGCACAAUCAACGUUUCCAUUUACCAGAACAACUCGAGGAAUGCCCGUCCAGUGGUGAUGAGGGCGUGGUCAGUCCGCGGAAGCGCAUCAAAAUGGAUUACCACCAUCACCACCAUCAUUCCAAUGCCAGCGGGCUGGAGUCCACUGGCGAACAUAGCAGCAGUAGUACCGGCAGCAGCAUCAAGCCCAGCCCCAUUUCUUUGUCCAACUGUGAUGUGAUACACGAUCCCCUCAACCGCAAGAGCGAGAUUCGUCGGGUCUCGGAGACUACUGGUGGCUCGACAGCCGGCAUUAAGUUCCCUGGCCACCAGUCGGCAGCUCCAACAUCCAUGAUGCUCAGCUGCCGGCGCCCGUCCAUCGAUGUGGGAGCCCUGACGGCGCUCUCCAAUUCCUCGGCCUUUCGCCACGGACUUGUGGGCGCCAGCAGCAUGGACCAGCAGCACCUGAUGAAUGCCUCAUUGGCGGCGAAGCGCCGAAGGGUCACCACCACCAUGCAGCCAUCAGGAUCCAUCUCCAGCUGCAGUACCACGAACGUGGGCGGAUCGUCGGGCUCAUCGUCAUCGGGCCUGAGUGGUAUCAGUAGUCUGCCGACGGAUGACUACCAUCAUCAUGCCUCGAGGGGCAGGGGCCACCAGCUACAUUCCCAUCACUCGCACGAGGCCAGUGGCGGCGAGAGUGCGGACGGAUCCCGGCCAGGUACGCCGCUUUGCGAUGAGCGGCCGGAGGUGCUGCCGACGGAGCCGCGACGCCUGCCGCCGCCCCGAGAGAGGGCGCGCGAGCGGAUACGAGAAGUGAUGUGGCUGCCGCUGCCCAAGUUCGGAGUACUCUUCUUCCAGCAACAGCAGCAGCAGCUACAACAGCAACAGUCCAGGCUGGGACUAUCCUCCGGGGGAGUCUCGGGCUCCGGUUCGUCAUCGGUGGGUGCGUCAUCGUCGUCGUCAACCACCUGCUCCCUCAGCAACUCUAGUCUAAACGUGGGCUCGGGAUCUGCUUUCCUGCCCAGCCCAUCGUCGCGCUACUGGCGAUCCUCGUCGUCGUCCUCAUCGCACCACCACCAGCAUCAUCACCAGCACCACCACCACCACAGCAACCAGCAGCAGUCGCAGCAGCAGUCACAGCAGCCGGGCUCUCAGGGAGGUUCCUCCUCCUCGAACUCCGGCCUGAUGGCGAGUCCGGCGCGACCCCGAUCCCUGAGUUCCAAUUCCAGCGAUUCGGAUGUUCCGGGUCACAAUACGGGAGGCAGUCCGUCGUUGGACGAACGGCUGCGCAACUUCGAGGAGAACUACGAACGGUGGUCGGGUGGUAGCAGUCGGGAGCAUGGAUCGUCGUCGGGACACACUCCCUCGAGCGCUACGCCGUCGUGGCAGCUCUCCAUGCACAUGAACCUGGGCAGCAGCAGCCUCAACUCCCACCAAACCAGCUCCGGCUCCGGGAACAGUAACAGCUCCAGCGGCACCACGUCCAGCACGACGAGCAAUUCCCGGCACAAGUUCCUCGACAUCGACGAGCUGCAACCGUCGGAUAUUGUGAAGUCGGUGCUGGCCAAGAAGAGCAUCUUCGACGAUGACUAUCAACGCCUGAAGAAGAACCAGUUGUUCGAUCCGGCCAGCUCUGAUUUCGCCCUGGGUUCGAGUUCCUCCAGUCUGAUUGGUUCGGCUCUGUGCGGUGCCGGUGCGUCCCGGCAUCCCAGCGGAAAUACCUCACCGGCUUUGCCCAAUCUGGCGGCCACCAAAACGACGCCCAUCAUUGGCAACUGCAGCGGGGCGAGCAGCAAGACGGGCGGAUUGCUCCAGCGACUGAGCAGCCUCUCGCCGAUGAACUCUCCCCAGGCAUCGAUGUCUCCCUACAACAGUCCCUCGCCCUCGCCCUCGGUGGGCGGGAGUGUUAAUCUCGGACAGCUUAACAAGCCGUCGGCACCAGGAGGACUCAGUGGAGCCGCGACAGCGUGCAGUGCACCGUCUUCGUCGCCCUCGGGCCCCACCAAGGGUCUGCAGUAUCCGUUUCCCAGUCACCCGCCAUUGCCCAAUACGGCAGCCCCACCACCAGCGGUGCAGCCGGCGCCACCACCGCCCCCGGAAAUGGCCAAGCAUCCCAGAUUGCCAAGCACUCCAGUGGCUGCCAGUGGUGGUUCUCUCACGAAGAGCUUGAGCGUGCCAGAUGCGAAUCCUCAGCAGCAGUCCCCGGCACGGGCGCAGCUGCAAAAGUCGGCGUCAGUGCCUGGGAGCACCAAUGUGGGCACCACCACCACCACCAGCAGCAACAGCAGCAGCAGCUCGUCCUCCAGCGGACCAGCGGCCACAUCAUUGUCGUCCAACGGUAACAGUUCCUCAGCCAUCCAUGUACAAAAGCCAAAUGUCAGCAGCGAGGAAGAGCAGCAUCCGCAGCAGCAGAAGAAGAGUGCCUCCUCCUCAUCUGCCUCGGCCUCUGCAUCCACAUCCCAGUCCCAGUCCUCGAGCUCCAAGAAGAGCCAGGAGAAGUCCAGCCACAGCAAGCACAACAACCGGUCGGAGGGUGAGAAGAAGAACAAGAAGUCCGAGAAGAGUUCCUCCUCCUCCUCCUCCGACAAGCGCAAGAACUCGGCCACGUCGCAGUCCUCCAAGUCAGCCACUCCGCGCAUCGAAGAUGACUCCAGUGACUCCGAGGAGCCGGCGGAGAAGUCCGAGAAGGAGCAGCGACAGGAGCGCGAGAAGAAGGAGCGCCUGGAGCGGGAGAAGCGCGAGAAGGAGCUUCGCAAGCAACAGGAAAGGGAGGAGAAGGAGCGCAAAGCUCUGCUGGAGGAGAAGGAAAAGGAGGAACGCAAGGCCAAAGAAGAACGUGAGAGAGAGAAGGAGCGGGAAAGGGAGCGGAAAGUGCAAGAGGAGAAGGAACAAAAGGAGAAGGAGGAGCGGGAGCAACGGGAGAAGGAACAGCGGGACAAAGAGCUCCGCGAGAAAGAGCAACGCGAGAAGGAGCAGAGGGAGAAGGAGCAAAGGGAGAAGGAGCUCCGCGAGAAGGAGCAGAGGGAGAAGGAACUCGUCCGAGCUAAAGAGCAAAGGGAGAAGGAGCUCCACGAGAAGGAGCAGCGGGAAAAGGAACUCCUCCGAGAGAAGGAGCAGCGGGAGCGAGAGCAGCAGGAAGCCCGCAUGGCCAGAAUGCGAGAGCUCUCCACCUACCACAAGAGCAAGUCGGAGGCCAGCUCCGAGGCCAGCAGCUUCUACACCCACAACAACAAUCCCUCCCAGCAGCAGUCCUCCGGCUCCUCCUCCGCCGACGGCCAGCACAACAAGGAGAACUCCGUGGAUGCGGUGGCUCCUCCAGCUGCGGCCAGUACUCCCACAACAGCAGAGAACUCCUCCAAGGAUCGCUCCCGGAAGUCCUCGCGCAACUCGCCAGUGCGGAUGCACAAGCGACGUCUCAGCUCGCAGGAUAGCAACCACAGUGGUGGUGCCGGAGGCGGUUCAUCCAGCCAGCAGAACCAUCACGACGACUACGUGAAGCGCAUCCGGAUGGAGAACUCCCAGCAGAACGCAGCCACCCAGAACAGCAACCAGCGACUGAACGACCGGCGGGACUCGAAGGAACACAAGGAGCUCAAGAGCAGCAGCUCGUCCAAGGACGAGAAGAACAAUUGCUCCUCCAACACCAAGUCGUCCUCGUCCUCGAAACAUCACCGGCGGGAGAAGCACCACCAGAAGAGCAGUGUCACCUCGUCCAUGGAGACGGCGCCCUCGAUCGAAGUGGUUGCUUCCCUGGAUCCCAAGCCGCAACUGAAUACCAGCGAAGAGGAGCAGCCGGCCCAGCCGAAACGGGAGAAGGACCGAGAGCACUCUAGUGGCCACCAUGGCAGCCAUGGAAGCAGUUCCUCCAGGCAUAAGAGUAAGCGGGAACACCAUCACCACCGCGAGAAGAAACGCCAUUCGGUGGCAGAGUCCACGAAUACGGACGAGGAGCAUCCACCGCACAGGAGGAUUUCUGCGGCGGGCAGUGGCUCGGCGGGUGAACUCAGCUCGGCGGCCACGAACACGUCCAGUGGAAAGCCACAUCACCACCACCACCGGCGCAGUCUGGAGCGCAAGUCGUCCCGGGGAUCAGAUGAGGGUCACCACUCGUCCAAGUCCUCGCGUAUCAAGCUCAUGAUGCUGAGCUCCGCAGACUCCGACGACACGGACGAUGCCUCCAAGAAGCACUCGAUCUUUGACAUACCCGAUGAUUGUCCCAACGUGUCCAUGUACGACAAGGUGAAGGCCAGGAGCUGCAAGAACAUGCAGCGCCAGGCCGAGGAGAAGAAGAUCAAGGCCAAGUUCUCGCAACUGAAGCAGUCCCGGGCCAAGAAGAAGCGCUCCACCAGCUACGAUGGAGACUCCGACACCGAGUUCGAGGAUCGCCAUCAUCGGAACAGUGGCAGCAGUAGCUUCCAUGGCCGCUAUCCAGGUCUCUCCAGCAGCGACGAUGAGGACGAAGAGGGCGAGGGUCGUAUGCAGCGGCGCAUCUUCUCCGACUCCGAGGCCGAGCAGGGAGAUCCAGAACAGCCUGGCGGUCCCAUGUCGGAGGCCAACCGAGCCAUCCAAAUGCAGAAACUGCGAAGGCUGUGCGAUGGCGACGACAGUUCCGAGGAUGAGAUCCGGCGAACGGUCCUGAAGCACAACUUCAUGGGCAAGAGGAACUCGCACUCCACCCGGAUAGCUUCCGACUCGGAGUCGCAGUCACAGCCUCCACCGGAGGUGGUGAUCAAGCAGGAGCCCACUCCCACACCGACACCCGUUCCGGCCGCGGAAAUCAAGCAGGAGCAGCUGUCCGACACCGAGCAGAAGUUCAAGUCCCGACACGACUCCAACUCGUCGAUGGAGGAGCGGAAGGUGAAGGCGGAGCGGGAGAUCAAGAAGGAGUACGGAGACUUCUACAACUCCUCCAGCUAUGCCUACUCCGACUCCGGGAAGCUCAAGGAAUACUCACCGGAGACGCGCAAGAAGCACAAGAAGAGCAAGAAGCGCUUGAAGUCCUCGUCCACAGUGGAGUCAUCGGCUCCUCCGACGCCUCUGGUGGUGACGCCCUCAACGCCUUCGAUCUUUGACGUUCACACCACCAACACGAACACACCCACGUCGUCCAAUGUCGGGGACUGCAAGGGCCGAUUCGAUUCCUUCGAUGAUCUGAAGACGGAGAACACUUCCCUGUCCAUGGACAUCUCGGCCAGCGAGCGGCGGAAGCACAAGGAGCGGAAGGAGAAGAAGCGAGAGAAGCUGAGGAACCUCACCGAGGCCAACAGCACCACUGCGAACAGCAGCAACUCCACCACCAACUCCGCCACCACCAAUGAUGUGACUUCAGAGAAACUCUCCAAAGAAGAGCGCCACCGGCUGAAGAAGUCGAAGAAGUCCAAGAGCCUGGACACCUCCUCCGGCACAAGGCUGUACAACUCCAGUGGAGGAGCCCUACCGACAGCUUCUCCCAUGCCCGCCACACCCACUUCGGCACCACCGAUUCCACCACAGCAGUCGAAGCGGGGCGAGGACAAGAUGGAGUACAUCUUUGGCAUCAUUUCGGAUGAGGAGGAGUCCCAGUUUCCGGAUGAACAGAGCGACAAUCACAAGGAGAUCUCGGCCAGUUGUGUAUCCAUUGCGGGACCUACUGUCUCUGCUGCCCUGCAGACCUACAAGCAGGAGCCCAUGACGCCCAGCAGCAAGUGUCAGGAGGUGGCACUGCCAGUCCCGGAGGAGCUGCAGCAACAGCAGCACCCGGUGGAGAAGAGCCGACAGACGGGCGGCAGCAGCUCAUCCUCGCACGCCGAGCGGGAGCGACACCGCAAGGAGAAGCGUGAGAAGAAGCGACGCGAGAAAUCCCAGCGAGAACAGCAACAGCAACUCCAGCAGCAGCAACAGCUCUCCUCGAAGAUCGAGGCCAAGCUGGAGGACGACAACAGCGUGGACAUGGACGAGGCGGGCAGGGCUCUGGAGGCGCAACUGAUGAUCGACUUCGACAAGCCGACGCCCGAGGAGGCCACUCCAUCGACGGCCACCACCUAUCGCUCGGACAUGGCGGACGUGUUCCGGUUCUCCGACAAUGAGGAAAACAACUCCGUGGAGAUCAUCCCCAAGGGAUCUGGCAAAUCCGAGCAGCAGGAACAGCACAAGAGCAGGGAUAAGAAGAAGAAGAAGAAGCGAUCCAAGGAGGAGAAGCAGCAACAUCGCCGCGAAUCCCAGCCCGCUGUGGCCUGCAACUCAUCCGCCGCUCCACCUACUCCCGGCAAGCUGACAGUCAAUGUCCAGGCAGCUAGCAAGCACGCAGAGGAGCAGAUGAUGGAGACCACCAACAAGCAGCGUCCCUCGUCACCUCCGAUGUGCAAGCCAUCGCCCAGCCUGCCCUGCCUGAUCGGCGAUGAUGAUGAGGAUGUCCUGGUGCCGGCACCUAAGGUUCCAGCUCCAAAGACUCCAGUCACGCCAACGAACAGGGCCUCCAAUGAUAACCUGACGACGCCCUCGCGCGACAAGCCGCGCCUGAUCAGUCCCAUUCCCAAGACGCCCACCAUCACGGCCAACAGCACCUCCAUGCUGUCCACCCAGUCGGCGGAGACUCCGGUUAGCAGUGGUGCCGGCGUGGGUGCGUCCUCGGCCCUGGCCACCACCCCCACAUCAUCGACAGCAGCGGCAGCGGCCAGCGAAUCAGCCGGAGUGGAAACCUCAUCACCCACUGCCCAGAACAAGAAGAAGGACAUCUUCAUACCUGGAUUCGACGGCCAGCUGGAUGACAGGAUCAGCGAGUCGGCUGUCCAGUCCAUCUCGGCGGAGUUCAAUUCCACCACCUUGCUGGAUCCGUUGGCGGAUGAGCCCAAGAUCCCAGUGGCAUCGCCGCCGGGAGCCGUCAAGCCCCCGGAGAAGAUGGAAGACACCAAGUCCCGGGUUACGAUCUCGCAGGAGGAGACCGAGAGCGCAGUGUCCGCCUUGCUGGGCGAGAGCUUCGGCACUUCCUCCACGGCGGACUACUCGCUGGACGGCAUGGAUGAGAUGAACUCGGUGAGUGAAGUGGACACACCGGCACCCCCGCUGGUCCUCGCCGAACCGGACGAGGAAGCUGCCCUGGCAGCCAAGGCGAUUGAGGGUGCUGUGGAACCGGUGCCGAUACUGGAGGAGAUCGAACCUGAGCCAGAGCCAGAGGCAGCGCCCGAACCGGAGCCAGAGCCAGAGAACGAGCCGGAACCGGAGCCGGAGCAACCCGCCGGAGUCCUGGAUCCCGACGAGCUGAACAAGGCGGUGCAGAGUCUGCGGCAUGAGGACAUGAUGGACAUCAAGGCAGACACGCCGCAGUCGGAGCGGGAUCUGCAGAUCGACACCGACACGGAGGAGAAUCCCGACGAGGCGGACAGUAGUGGACCCAGUCUGAAGAUCGAUGAGACCGCCCAGAGCUCCUCGUCGCCGGAGAAGUCCAUGGAGAACACCAGCAGCUCAUCCGCCAGGGAUGCACCGGCCAAGGUGGAGCCUCUGAAGCCCAGCCAGGAGAGCACAAAGCCACAGCCCUCGGUGAUCACCAAGCUGCCAUCGCUGGAGCCGCAGAAGCCAGUGGCUAAUGCGGUGGGUGGGUCCAUCCCCUCCCCGGCUAAGAUAGAACCGCCGACCAUCAGCAAGCUGUUGCAGCCUCUGGUGCAACCGGUGCAGACUGUGCUGCCAGCUGCCACUUCUGGCACUCAUUCCACGCCCGUCAUCAACCUGGAUCUGUCCAAUGUCAUGGGCAACUGCUCCAGCUCCAGUUCUAGCUCUAGCUCAGCCAGCAGCAGCUCCUGCACAGCCUCGCCAGCAGCGUCCGCUUCCAUGUCCUUCGGAAGUCCCACCACCCCCGGCCAGAACAUCAUGCCCCAGGCUUCCACACCGAAGCAGGCACCGCCACCAACGCAGCCACAGCCACUGCGGACGCAGUCGCUCAUCAUGCAGCCACCGACCAUCUCCAUUCCCGACAACAUACCUCACUUUGCGGUGCCACAAAUGGUUCUGUCGCCGCACCAGCAGCCGCAGCAGCAACCACUUCCAGGAGCCUAUGUCCUGGGCAUGCGAGCACCAUCACCGCAUAGUCCUCUGCUGUCGCCAGGACGUGGUGGAGCGCCCGGUCGCCUGGUGGGUCCACUGAGUCCCGCCGGAAAGCCUGUGGUUAACCAGCAGCCCCACCCCCAGCAGCCGCAGCAACAUGCGCUGAUGACUAGUCCGCAGGGUAGCAACAACAUGAGUCCACUGGCCAGUCCAACUGCUCGGGUGGUGGCCACCAACAGCUCGCCCACGACCAGCAAGCCGAACAGCUACCAGCCGAGGAGCCAGCAGCCACCACAACAGCUGCCGCAGCAGCCUUCGACCAAGUCUGUGAUUGAGCUGCAAACAUCGCCGCAACUGAUGCCGGUGCCGCUGCAGAAGAUGCCGCCCAUGGCGGUGCCCCACCACCCGACCAUCAUCAGCAAGGUGGUGACGGUGCAGCCGCAGCAGGCGACCCAGUCGCAGGUGGCCAGCUCGCCGCCUUUGGGCAGCCUGCCGCCGCACAAGAAUCUGCACGUCAGCGGGCAGCAGCAGCAGCAACACCACCAGGCCCAGCAGCAGCAGCAGCACUCGCCGCAGAUGAUGGCCAAGAUGGCGGCGCACCAGCAGCACGUUCAGCAGCUGAUGCACCAGCAGAUAAUGCAGCAGCAGAAGUACCAGCAGAUCCAGCAGCAGCAGCAGCGAAUGCAUGGUCAGCCGCAGCCACUGAUGCCGGUGCAGCAACAUCAACUGCAGCAGCAGCAGACGCAGGCCCAGCAGCAGUUGAGCCAGCAGCAUCAGGCGCAGCAGCAGCAGCUGAACCAGCAACACCAGGCACAGCAGCAGCAGCUCAACCAGCAGCACCAGGCACAGCAGCAGCAUCUCAACCAGCAGCAGCAGCAACAGCAGAUGCACAUCCAGAAGUUGCAGCAACAGAUUCAUGCCCCGCCGCAGCAGCAGCAACAGCAACAACAGCAGCAGCAAUCGUCGCCGCAGGGAGCUCCUCAUUUGGUACAACAAGCUCCCAUGUUUGCGCAACAACCGCCGCAGCAGCAGCAGCAGCAUCUUGGUCCGCAUGCACCACCCAGAGGCGGACCGACACAGCAGCCGCCGCAACAGUUGCCGCAUAGUCCGCCCACCAAGCCAGGACAACCGGCAGGAAUCCUGUCGAGGGUUGUGCCUCAGCCUCACCCGCAGCAGCCGUUGCAGCCGCCACCCCAGCACUCGCCGCAACAGCAACAGGCUUCACCUGGAGCCAGUAUGCCGCAUCCAACCCUGCUGAACGUGAUCCAGAGCACUCCGAAGCUGAUCGUGCAGCAGCACAUUGUGCCGCCACCGAGCCAAGUGACUGCUCCGCCACCAGCAGCAGCCGGGCCGCCCGCAAAUGCCAUUCACUAUCCGCCGAACCAAGCCAACGAGAAGCCAACCGCUCCUCCUGGCCAUGGGGAAUCAUCGGCAAUGGCAAUGGCUACCUUGAAGACAUCCGAGAGUGUCUCGGUUAUCCGAACGCCCACUCCCACCACCAGUUCGGCAGUCAUCUCACCCAAGGCGGCCGGAGCAGGUGCCGCGUCCUUGCUGACGGAGGAGAAUCUCAUCAAGAUCUCGCAACCCAAGCAGGAUGAACUCAUCGAGCAGGACUCCAAGGAGGUGGACAGUGACUACUGGUCCGCCAAGGAGGUGAAUAUCGACAGUGUCAUCAAGAAGCUGGAGCCUCCAGCCGUUGUCAAGGAUGUGGCUCCAGCAGCACCACCACCAUCCGUUCCUGUGAGUGUUCCUGUUGCCAAUCCGGCCAUGGUGGAGAUGGCCAACCAGGAGAAGCCACUCCUGCUGAACACAAACAGCUCCAAUGACCAUGACACCGAGGAUGAAACGGAAACCCGUCAGCUGCCGCCAGUGAAGCUAUCAACGCCGACCGUGGGCAGGCCACCGGGCCGAGGAGGAGCAGCCAAGCGCGGCCGACAGCCUCGUGGCGUCAAGAAACAAGGAGGCAUUCCUCUAACGACACCAUCGCUGGCUGCCCCUGGGGCAGAUGCGGCUCUGAACCUGCAGCCAGGAGACAAUGGAGUGCAGACGCGAUUGCGGAAGCCAGUGACGGCCCCAGUGACCCGCGGCCGAAAGGGUCGUCCGCCGAGGAACCUGCUCUUGCAACAGCAGCAGCUCCAACAGCAACAACUGGCUGCCCAGCAAAAGGCACUCGAAAUGGCAGCAGCAGCGGCUGCCACACCACCAGUUGCCACCCCACCUGUUGCCACACCCAACCCGAAUCCCACUCCAGUGCUGACAGCUGCCGAGAAGAAGGCAAUCAACCAGGCCAUCACCCAGGUGCAGGAGCAGAUGGGCAGCAGCAGCAGCAGCCAGGACAUCUACGAGUUCCACGAGGAUGCGGGCGAUGAGCCCGGAAAGGCCAAGGCACCGGCCUCCAAUGUGAUGGCAGCUGGCGAGGACCAGCGCCCGCGUCUCAUCCUGACCAUCAACAAGACGCAGCCCUCGAUCAAAACCAGCGCUCCUGAACCGGAGCAGGCUGGCAGUGACGUGUCCCAGUCGGCGGAUCCCUCGGGCGACAGUUCUGAGUUGGGCAACACCCGCAAGUCUCGCCGCCUCCAGGAGAAGGAGGAUCGCAGCACUGUCGAUGACAUAAUCGAGGAUGUGGUGCGGAAUACGAAUACACCGACCGGCAAUGCCCAGCAGCUUCCCAAGGGCGCCCAGACACCACCGAGGAGGUCGGGCAGGAACGCCCAGGCCAAGAAGGUCGAUGUGGUUCAGCCACCGAACUCCGUGGGACGCCCGCGGCGGUUCAAGGACAGGAAGACCAUUACCGAUAUGCCGUCUAUGAUGGAGGAUCCACCAGUGGCUGUCAAUCCCACGCCACCGGCUGCUCCAGCUGCUCCUAUCCAUUUGCCACCCACGCCCGAGCCAGUGCAGCAGCCACCUCAGCAGCCGCCAGCACAUAUGCCGCGGCUGGAGAGCAAGGAAGUGGAUACUCCGGCUCCGACUCCGGUUCCGGUGCCUGUUUCAGUAGCCGUGCCGGUGCCCGUUCCGGUUCCUGUGCCAGUUUCACUGCCCAUGCCGGUUCCAAAGCCAACCAUACCCCAGCAUCCCAAGAAGAAGGCCAUUGCUGCGGCGGAGAUCGAGUCCUACCAGGCCAUCAACUCGUCCAUACCCAGCGGGGGACUGCCGAUGCACCAGACAGCAGCUCCGGCCACCCAGAAGAUCACCGGCGGAGCAGCCGACGCGGUUAGCAAGGCUCUGGUGGAUCCUGUCACGGGCGUCAUCACAGCCGGCAUGCCUCAGGGCAAGGAGGGCAACCUCCCAGCAGCUACGGCCGCUGCUUCAGCCAACAGCAGCAGCGACAUGGGACCACUGGGUCCGGCCAACAGCUUCCAGCAGCAGCAACCACCGCACCACCACCCCCAGCAGCAGCAACAACACCUGCCGCUGCAGCAUCCUUCCCAACAGAAUCAGCCGGGUCUGCAGCAGUCCAACUUGCAAAUCAAUGCCACAGUCAUUGCUCCGGCCACCACUCCGAUUACCUCCUUGGGCAAGCCGGUGCAACUGGAGCUGAACAAGCCAGUGAGUGUGCUGGUGAAGGGCAAUCCCAACCCGAUGGUGAUCCAGCAGCAGCAACCACCGCAGCAGAUGGUGGUGCCACCCAAGCAGCCGAUUGUAAUCCAACAGAACCCGCUGCCCACGGUGUUGCAACAUGCUCAGCACACCAAUGUCCGGCCACCGCAGCCACUCAAGGCCCAUGUACUGAACAGGGAGAAGAAUCUUCAGCAACAGCAGCAGCAACAACAGCAGCAGCAGCAACAGCAGCAGAUGACACCCACGAAACAGCCAGGAGCUAAUCAACAACCGAUUCCAGGGCACAUGUUGCUGACUGAUGCAGCUGGCAACCAGCAACUGUUGCAGCCACAAAUGAUUGCACGACAUCUGCAGCAGCAACAGCAGCAGCACUUGAUGGUGAACGUUCCUCCUCCCACGGCCCACUCGCCGCAUUCCCCCAGGAUAGCCGGACAGGGAGCUGGAGUUGCAGGAAACCCGCAGCAACAGCAGCCACAGACGCUGGUGAUCAAGCAGGCCACUUCGGCAGCACCUCAGCAGAUAUUGCAUGUGGUGAGCUCGAAGGCCUCGGUGGCAGCAACACCGCCACCCACAUCGCAGGCAGGAGCCCAUCUGCAAAUGGCCAAGCCCAACUUUGGCUACGCGCCACCCACCUCGACAGCAGCGGUCGUCCAGCAGCAGCAACUGUACAAGCCACCCAACCAGCCACCAAAGGGUGCUCCGGUUCAGAUUCCACCCCAUGGCAUGAUAUUGCCCUCGCAUCCGGCAUUGUUGUUGCAACAGAAGCCUCCAGCGCAUCUGCAACCGCAACAGCACCAGCUAACGCCAUCUCCGCCUCCGGGAAAACCCAAUCCCGUGGUUCACAGCCUGCAGACUGGUCAAAUACUGCCCGGAAAUGUGGGUAGUCCGCCGCCCGUCUCGGCUGCCGUCUUGAAAUCCGCCCAGCAGCAAGUGAACUCUGCAGCAGCAGCAGCCGUUUUGCGUACAGCCAUACCGAACAUCAGUCCGCAAGGUCAGCCUAGGGUGUCGCCACUGGUUAUGCCUCCGGUGAUGCCGGCCUUCGAUGCCAGUUUGCAUGACCUGGGCGCCUAUGUCAGUGGACGGCGCACCCAGAGUCCGCCGCCAGCUCAUCAGCAGGCAUCGCCCAUAACACCGAACGAUUCCACGUAUCGAGGAGUGCCUCCUUCUAGGGAGUUCAUGAUCUACCAGCACCACUUAAUGCGAGGCGGAGACUACGACGACAAGAUGAUCAGCAGCAGUCCGCCGUUGGAGCUCAGGCGUCCUGGCAGCGGGCCACCAAGGACCAUUGCAGUGCCGCAUAGCCUGCAAAGUCCACAAGAUCGCACAGCAGCGGAUUCUCCGCAAAUGGCUCAGGUAUAUGUCCACAAUGCACGCAUUCCUCCGGCACACUUCAGCGACAUGGCCACGCGGGCCUCGGGCUACUAUGACAGUGGCGGCAUACAACUGGAACCACCGCCAGCCCAUCGGCCAGCUGCCUCCAUCAGUGUGGUGGUGCCGCCGCCAAUGCCCGCCGUUUCCACCAGCCCGUUCAUCGGUCGCGAUGGUGUCUUACAUCCUUCCAAGCCGAUAGAGAUGCUGGAUGAGCGUGAAAUGGAGCGCAUGUCCAUGAUUGCAGCAGCUGUGAAACAACAACAGGAGCAUCUGCCACCUGGCCUGCACGCCGGCCUGGAAAUCUCCUCCCAACAGGCACCGCCGGCAAUCGCUCCACCAGCUGGUGAUUCGCUCAUCACUCUGCUGCAACGCUACCCAGUGAUGUGGCAGGGUCUGUUGGCCCUGAAAACCGACCAAGCCGCCGUCCAGAUGCACUUUGUCCAUGGAAAUCCGAAUGUGGCGCGAGCUUCUCUGCCCAGUUUGGCGGAUACCAGCACUCCACUCCUCCGGAUAGCGCAGAGAAUGCGACUGGAGCAGACUCAGCUAGAGGGAGUGGCCAAGAAGAUGCAGGUGGACAAGGAGCACUGCAUGCUGCUGGCCCUGCCCUGUGGCCGCGACCAUGCUGACGUGCUGCAGCACUCGAGAAAUCUUCAAACCGGAUUCAUCACCUACCUGCAACAGAAAAUGGCCGCCGGUAUCGUGAACAUACCCAUACCGGGCAGCGAGCAGGCGGCCUAUGUGGUGCACAUCUUCCCGGCCUGCGAUUUUGCGAACGAGAAUCUGGAGCGAGCUGCCCCGGAUCUUAAGAAUCGUGUGGCCGAAUUGGCACAUCUCCUGAUCGUCAUCGCCACUGUGUAAAGCACAGCACUAAUCCCGGACUUAAUCCACCACUGAGAAGAGACACUUACAACCGGAUUUUCGCAUAAACCAACAGGAAAGAACAAUCUAAAAACCACACGGAAUAGGAACAGAAACGAUUGAAUAGGAAGCAAAAACAAGUUACGCUCUUCUAGUAUUUUAAGUAAUUUUAAAUAGCGAUUAAACAAGCAAAAGUUUAAAAAAGCAAAGCAAAACAAAACGAACUUAAAACUCAGAAAAAUGCAAAAACACUUUAUUGAAUAAACAACAAACCGAUGCCAGCAGAGAAAUUAAAGAAGAAAAAAUAAGAAGAUUUUGAGAUUCAAACUCAAAAACAAACAAAAAAGCGAAAGCAAAACCGAAAAAAUACCUUCAGAUCAGAUCCCCCGCACUUUGAAAGCAAAAGCGAAACGAUUAAGAUUCGUCUAAAUUAAUUAUUUACAAUUUUUCUAAUUUAAAAACAAAAAAACAAAAAUUAAAAAAAAGGAAAACAAAGAAACCCUUUAACAAGCUUGCAAAGUAUCGUUAAGUUUGAUCUCAAGAAUGAAAGUUUUAUUUUUGCUUAAUUUAAAAUGAAAGAAAAACAAAAAAAAAACACGUAAAAAAUGAGAACAACCCAAUACACACACACACACACAACACACAAAACAAACAACAAAAUAUUGAAAUGUUAAAAAAGAAAGCUUAAAAAAUAAUAACUGUUUACUGUACUAUGCAUACUACUACCCAUACACAUAAUAUGAAUAUCCGAUCCUCUAUCCCCUAACACGUUUAAGUUUUUGAUUGGCGAGUAACAUUUUCGACAACUUCGGUGGGCGCUUCAAAAAAAAGGUUACUGCUCCUCCACACUCUACAAAGUUUCCUCCUCUGCCUUCGAACAAGUUUUAGUUUUUUUUUUUUCAUAAUCGGUUCCUUGGCUCUAUGGAAUGCCUGUCUUUAAAAAAAAAAAAUAAAAACAAAAUGUUAAAAAACAAAAUGUUAAGUAACAAGAAUGGGGCCUGGCAUAGACCCAAUGAACUGCAGAUGAUUCUGGUUUACCACGGUCUGGUCCUAUCCGUCGCCCUGCUGUCAAGCACAACUAGGUUUAAAGAUGCGCCCAGAGGCUUUUCCUACGAUAACAUACACACGUAUACAUUAUGCAUUACAUUUAAAUUACAUUAUCUAGACGCGUAAUUAAGUAUAAUCAAAUAUGUUAAGCCAAAUAUUUUAAAGCUUAGACACGAUUCGUGUUGGAAUUUCCGCUCUGCACCAGAGUUUUUUUUUCUUCAAUAUUAACUUUUCCGAAAAAAUUCCAGCAACGGAUGUAGUCAUAUAUUUCGAGACCACGUUGUUGGUAAUUUUUAGUUGGUUGUCCUACGAAAAGGUUUCUUUCUCUUUAAUUUUUUCUCUCCAUUUUUAUUAUUUUUUUUAUUUUAUUUCAUUAAAAGAAAAACACCACCACUGCCACAAUACUAAAGCUAUAUAAUUAAAACAUAAAACACUGGACUAUGACCAAUUCAGGGCGUUCCGAGCCGCAACCCUAAGUUGAAUUUUGGCGCCAGGAAACUUUGUAAAAUGUUGGAUGCAGUUUCAGGGCCCGCUCUAUACGAAUAAUUGCUGACACACCUCCUUUUCUACAUGAAAUACAUUAAAACACAAAACCUAAACAUUAAAAUACCCCAACACACACUAUAUGAUACAAUAACCUAUAUAGUAACCCUCUCUCUGAAACACUCCUUAAACUUAAACGUAUGUACGUUCUCACGCCCACUUGUAAAUUAUGUGACAACAGAAAAUAAUAAGAAAUUGAUAAAAAUAAUAUAAAAAAAAAACAUAAACAAAAAACACACAAGUAAAGUAAAGAAAAGAAAAGAAAAAAAACACAACUGUAAAAUAUUUAAAUUAUUUAGAUUCUAACAAAUAUGAAAUGUAAAUACAGUUUAAUUAGUGUUUAGCGCGUAUUUAGUUGUAUGUUUUAAAACUAAACUAAAGAGAAACUGUACAUUAUAUAACACAAUUAACAAUACGAGAACACGAAAGAUCAGAUCUGCCAGAGAUCCCACAGAAACGGAAACCGAUGAGAAAUUUAAAAAAAAAAUAGUAAAGAAAAGAGAAAAUUAAAAAAUAAAAUACAAAAAAAAUAAAAAAAAAAAACAAAGAAGAAAAGAAGAAAAGAAAAGCAGCAAGUAAACAAACACAUUUUUCAAGUUGAAACAGAUGAAGCGCUGUUAAACAUAUGUUAAUGUAUAAGUUGUAUGUUUUAAGACACUUUUUAGUUAUUUCCUAAGUUACUUUGAAGAAACCGAUUAAAUUACACUUAUUUCUUACAAUUA